CUCGUUUGGGUGCCUCUGCCAUUGAAAAGAUGGUUCACAAUGACAUGUUGAAUAAACAAUUGAAUGACAAUAAUAAUAGUACAGGUAUUAAAAGAACAAACGGGGUGACUCCUUUCAUUGCUAAACUAACCGCUUCACAGAUGCUCUUCCAAAUUUGGUAAACCGUCCUAUUGACCGUCGUCGUCCUGGUAGACCACCUAAGCCCAAAGUCUUUUUUGAUGAACAAAUUAUUCCUACGACAUCAAGACGUAAGCAGAACCGCCAAAAGAAAGAAGACAUCAUUCAGUGUAUCUGUGAUACGCCUACUGAUGAAUUUGGUGCUAUGGUUCAAUGUGAUGACUGUCUGUCCUGGCUACAUGUUGACUGCUUAGAUUUAACUAAACAAGACCUUGAGCAGUCCUAUCGCUGCCCUCCUUGCUGUGUAUCACUUGGAAGCAACAAUCAAUUACCAAAGUCAAUGGCCUGGCGUUAUGAAGCUCAGAUGAAGAGUCAGCGUUUAGCAGCUAUUAAUGAGAUAUCAGACGAUGAUGAUGAUGAUGACAUGGAUGAUGAUACGGAUGCCAUGGAAUGUGACGUUGUUGAGCAACCCCUUCACGUGGACAACCUUAAAUUGCCUGAACCUAUCCGUAUUGAUACCAACUAUUGUAAAGAUAUUCGCUCAAGAUCUACCACGCCUGAGGACUGGCCUGAUGUUUCAUCUGAAUCGCAUUACAGUAUCAGCAGCGCCAAUACAAGUGAAGUCAGUACACCCAGUGAACACACACUUUGUGAUCCAUUUGAAUAUCAGCAAAUAAUAAGUCAAGGCAACCUAAUUAUUGAUAUUGAAAAUUUUGAACUUUUAUCACGGCUGGCUUAUCUUCAAAAGCUUAAAGAUGAUUUAUUCUCUCCUAAUGCAACAGAUGUAUUCUUGUGUGAAGACAAUAAUAGUAAACACUUUAUAUCUCAACCAGAUAUCUCUAGUCAAUUCACUACUCAUCACGAAUCAUUACCUUCUACUAUCUGUUCUCAAGAACUUUCGGAAUUCUCUUUUGAUAAUGGUCCCUUUUGGCAACCUUUAAAUUAAAAAAUAAUAGCAUAUUUGUAAAUACCUCGCAACAUUCACCCUUACUCCUCCCCCCUUUUUUUUUAUCAAAGAAAGCAACACU